UUUAAUCUUUUUACUGGUGUCUACUGGCCAAAGUCAGGCUAUCCCAAAAGGGGCGCCUUUUCCUCCCCACAAAUACAUGGCUGAAGCAAGUGCAAGUUCCUCUGUUGAACUACCAAGGCACAUUUCCCACUCACCGUGUGGUCCUGAGAUGAAACGGUGGAAAAUACAUCUCAGUGCCGUUCUGGCUGCGGCGUGAUUUAGUCAUUUUGGCGGAGGGUCUCGCAUCUCGGCAAAAUCUGUAAAUACUGGUUGGUUAGAUCACAUUCUCCAAUAUAACCAGUGUUCGAUGUCAACGUGCAUCUGCAUCCGGAAGUUGUGAUUUCCAUUUUCAAAUGAGACAACGUGUUUAAUUUUUUUUGUUGCCAUCAUUGGGCGAUAUUGAGGAAGCAUUAAUGCUAUUUUCCUGCUCUAUCGCAUACCACAUAAAUAACCGAGCAAUUUUGGAAAUUUGCAACUGUGGGUGGGUUGGUGUAAAUUGCAGGAAGGAAGGAAGUGUUUUUGGUGUGUAAGCGUGAGUGCGUACAUCAAUCGUUGUCACACACUAAAGGGGGAGAGAAUAGGGCUCAAUCCCUAGUGAAUGGAUUUGAAAAUCAUCAACCUUUGCAGAAUAGACACUUGUUCAAAAUUCUAACUUCCCUCCGGUUCACGUGGAUUGUGUAAUACCCACCGGAUAUUGUUUAUAUACAACCACGAAGAAUUAGGCUCACAAUAGGGACUAAAGUAUUCUGAGAGAGAGACUUCUAGUUCCCCAAAAACUCAUAACCACGUGCGUGAUUGUGUGACUAUAAGUGGUGUGCUGUGCUCAGGAAGUGUAAGGACGACAAAAUCCGAAAGGAUUGCUGUUGUAUAGUUCGAGAUUGCUUUGAAAAGUAUUGCGGGAUGGCCCCCUUUGGUGUCACGGGGGCCCUCCUCAUUCUGCUCCUGAUAGCAUCUGCAACCUGUGCACCAUCCUCAUCAAGUGUCCUAUCGCCCAAUGCUGUCUCGGAGGAUCCGGAAUUUACGGACGUUAUUGAAAAUAUCACUGUUCCAGCUGGUAGAAAUGUGAAACUGGCAUGCUCUGUCAAAAAUCUCGGAUCUUAUAAGGUUGCAUGGAUGCAUUUUGAACAAUCAGCUAUAUUAACAGUCCACAAUCAUGUCAUAACACGAAAUCCACGUAUAAGUGUGACUCAUGAUAAGCACGAUAAGCACAAAACAUGGUUUCUGCAUAUUAACAACGUCCAAGAGGAAGAUAAAGGACGAUAUAUGUGCCAAAUUAACACUGUGACAGCGAAAACACAAUUUGGAUACUUGCACGUUGUUGUGCCACCGAACAUUGAUGAUUCGAUAACGUCGAGUGAUGUCAUUGUGCGAGAAGGUGCCAAUGUGACAUUGAGGUGUCGGGCCACUGGAAGUCCAGCACCAUCCAUAAAGUGGAGGAGAGAUGACAACACUCGAAUCUCAAUAACCAAGAGUCUUAAUGUUCUGGAGUGGGAGGGUGAAACCUUAGAGCUGACGAGGAUUUCCCGUCUCGACAUGGGAGCUUAUUUAUGCAUCGCAUCCAAUGGCGUGCCCCCAAGUGUCAGCAAAAGGAUUAAAGUCAGUGUUGACUUUCCGCCGAUGCUUUCAAUUGCACAUCAAUUAGUUGGAGUGCCACCAUUCUACAACAUCACAAUUGAGUGUCUCGUGGAAGCCUAUCCUACAUCACUUAAUUAUUGGACACGGGACAAUGACACAAUGAUUCAUGAUUCUGUGAAAUACAAAACGGAAUCUGUAUCCACUUCACCAUCUUAUAAGUCCGUCAUGAAGCUUACAAUCUUCAACUUUCAAGGCAGCGAUAGCGGAAAUUACAAGUGUGUUGCGAAGAAUCCUCGAGGCGAAACAGACGGCAAUAUUAGGAUUUAUUUAUCUAGUCCGCCGACAACGAUUCCACCACCAACAACAGAAGCAGUACAAAAGGAGAUUUGGGAACUCAGACCCAAUGUCAAUAUCUCACUCUAUGGCCAAUCCACCACGUUCACUUCGCAUUUGGCGGACAAAAACUCCAGGUAUCAAUCAAAUCUGAAUGAGAUAGACAAAUCUGAGCAGAAAUCGUCAGAGGAGAGCUCCAAAGGUUUUGAUCAUAUACCGGAAGAUGACAAAACGAGCGGAUGUACAAAAGUGUAUUCAGGACUAUUGCUUGUUAUCAUGCAGGCAUACUUUAUCCUCCAACUAACCAGGCAUUUUUGAUCUUACGCCCUUCAACUUGAGACAUAAAAAAGAACGCUUCGUGCACAUCAUCAAUUAUUUGUAAGAAGUUACGUAGAGCGUAGGCAUAUGAUAAAAAAUAGAUGACUGAAAUAUUUUUAAUCAACAAUUGUAUUUUAUAAAAAAUGAGGAACUCAAGAAAAUAUAGCACUUAAAAAACCGUGAAAAAAGAGUAAAAAAAUACAACUGAGCAACGAUUUUGAGCUCCAUUGAACACAAAAAACGUUAGUUAAAGAAGUAACACAGAGAGCUUUUGAAGAAUAUUUAUGACUACACUAAAAUUAAAAUAAAAGGAAGUGGUUAUGAGUGAAAAAAUGUAAAACACUAUACAAAAAAUAUAAUAUAAAUAAAUGCUAAAAACCCAAAUAUAGUUACAAAAAUUGAUUUUGUGUACUUUUUUGUCGCUGAAUUAAAUAUUUCAUAACAUCACAAAAAAAACGUUAGAUUUAUUGGAAUGUAAAUAUUGAAUAUUACGUAUUUAUAUAUGUAAUAAAAAAUAAAUAAAUUGCAAACAGCAUAUAAAUUGUAAAUUAAAAAUAAUCAAAUGUAUUUUAAUUAAUUAAUUACACUCAUGAAAUUUUACUACAUUGCAUGGGUAGUAUAGGUAAAAUAAAAUAUUGUCACUUAAGCGAAAAUAUGCCAAAGUGGUUAUGGAUAAAAAAAAGUGUAUGUAUAUGUUAUAAAUGAAAAAUUUAAUUGAGUUUACUCCCAGCUCAAUGCAACAAUUAUUGAUACAUUUAUUUGAAUAAAAGAUAAUUAUAAAUACACAUGAUUG